GCUAGUUACGAGCUUUUUCCACAUAUUUUUAAAAGACGAGGAAAGCUACGAAUAUAUGCGAAGUUAAAAAUGGGAGUUACAGUUUUGCAGCAGUAUCCAGUCCCAGAGAACAAAACCGGCACAUAUGUUAUUGAGUUGCUUACGAAACGUAUUCUAGCAUUAGGUGCGUCACAGCAAGGACAGUUUUUAGUGGAUUGUGAAAGCUACUUGUCUCAUCCUCAGAUGGGUACAACCAAAACAGUACACAUACUCCACAACUCAGAGCAACCUGCUUCAGUUUUCUCCAUCUUAGAAAGUGGUACGAAAAACAUUCAUGUUAUAGCCGAUGGAUUAUUUGACUUACUUAUGAUGAAAUUAUCUCAGCACUACACAUCAAAGAAGCAGACGAAAAUAGAAAGCAAAGGUCCAAGAUUUGAACUGGGUGAUUUCUGUGUUAAACUUGGCUCAGUUACAAUGAAUCAAAACUUUAAGGGUAUAUUGAUUGAGGUGGAAUAUCGGCCAUGUGUAAUGGCCAAUGCUGUCUGGGGUCUACUCCGUGAGUUCCUACAAGGUCUUUUAGGACCUACAGUGCCAGUACAGCCUCCACAACACUUGAUGAGCAGAAUGAAUGAGAUAUACACACCUAUAGACACAAUAUACCAAUAUCUAGAACAUUUUAGUGCUUAUAGAAAAGUUACUGGAAUGAGAAAUAAUUAGUGACAGUGAUUUGUGCUAAAAGACAUAUAUUUU